AGUAAUCCGGAAAUGUAGUUUUGUGUAGUCAAAUGGAAAAAUGCCGUUAUCAGAGGAAGCAGCCUGCGGUGGAGCCAGCUGGAGUAUGAGAAAUUGAACCAGGGCAAUCAGGGUAGAGGAAAGGACUUCUCACUGCAAAGCGUCACUGUGGAUACUACACAUGCCGGUGGCAGUGUAACGUCUGUGGCGGAGCACGCACUGCAGCCUGCUAACAUUAGCAGGUUCUGGUGUUGGAUUAAAAGGUCCGGGCUGGGGGAAUAAUGUGAACCAGAGGUGGAGGAGCAGGCAGUGGUGGAGCCGCACAGCCAGAGAGCAGGGAUGUGCUGUGAAUGUGACACCGAAGGAAAUGUCAGGGUGGCUCCACUAGCUAACGUCAGCUAGCUAGCUAGCUAGCCGGUCAGCGCUGCGGGCUUGAUGCGAGUCUCGUGUCCUUUCAAGAUGCAAGCUGCACCGACUCGUUCAGAUCGGCGCGUGAGAGGAUGAUGGCUGAAGGAUAACAUUCAAGGACUCGCAUUCCCUCAACCCAAAGUGACCCCACUUUCCCCCUUUUUUAACUUUCAUCUGUGCUUUUGCAACCUCCCCUUGCUGAACUUCUUCGAGUCCUGUCUUAGCUCCUUGCCCCGUCUCCUUGGGAUUUCAUGGAAUGCAUGAAUUGCAAAUUAGGAUCAUCUAAAUUCAUUUUAAAUUGGACAAUCCUCCUCCUGACACCCCCCCUGGCCAGAAGACAGGAUGACUCAAAUCUGAAGUAAUUACAAUGUGGCUGGGUAUCAACUUCCUGCCCAUCUGAGAAUUGCCACCUCUGUAGGAUUCUCGCUCUGGUUCCAUCACUUGUUCCCUACCUGCAGCCUUUGUCACAACCCCAUCCCUGUUCUAGUGUCAUUGGGCCAUGGUUCGUAAGAAAGGUUCUCUUAUACUAUGCGGUGCUUUCCUGUUUGUUGCCUGGAAUGCUUUGCUUCUACUUUAUCUUUGGGGUCGCCCCCCCAUCGGCCGCCUCGGAGAAGGCGGUGGAGCCGAACCAGGAGGAAAAGAGGAGUGGGGCGUGGGCAGAGGGAAAGCAGGCCAUGUCAACCUGGCCGGGGAGGUGAUCCGGCUGGCGGAGGAGGUUGAAGUUCAGCUUGAGACCCAGAAAAAGCUACUGAAGCAGAUUGAAAGUCACAGGGCAGUGUGGGCUCGGCAGAAAGAUGUCGGGAAAAGAGAAACGGUUGAUACAAAAGAUGUCAAAGAAGAGGUUGUCCGCCAGCCAUCGAAACCUCCACUUCCUCUCAAAGACAGUGUGGAUGAGAAAGCCCAAACUGCAUUACAACAUACACAGGAGCCUGUUCUUACAGUCGCUCCGGACUCAGAACAGCAGCAGGCCAUAAAGGAAAUAAAGGAGGAGAUUGUUGAGAAGAAUAAAUUGGUAACUUCUGCUGCCAGCCCAGAGGUCGUCAUUCCCAUUCUAGUUAUCGCUUGUGACAGGGUGACGGUAAAACGGAGCCUCGACAGACUGAUACAGUACCGCCCUUCUCCGCAACAGCAUCCGAUCAUUGUCAGUCAGGACUGCGGCCACGCUGAGACUGCUCGUGUGAUCGGCUCAUAUGGAGAUCAAGUGACGCACAUAAGCCAACCGGACCUGUCGGACAUCAGGGUCCGGCCAGAGCACAGGAAGUUCCAGGGCUACUACAAAAUUGCCCGACAUUACCGCUGGGCGCUCAACCAAGUGUUCAACACUUUUUCCCAGUCUACGGUCGUCAUAGUGGAGGAUGAUCUGGAGGUGGCACCGGACUUCUUCGAGUAUUUCAGAGCUCUGUAUCCGAUCUUGCGCUCCGACCCCACCCUGUGGUGUGUUUCUGCCUGGAACGACAACGGCAGAGACGCCUUGGUGGAUCCAUCGAAGGCCGAGCUUCUCUACAGAACAGACUUCUUCCCUGGUCUUGGCUGGAUGCUGCUGAAGGAGAUGUGGGACGAAUUGGAACCCAAAUGGCCCUUGGCCUUCUGGGAUGACUGGAUGCGUCAACCAGAGCAGCGCAAGGACCGCUCGUGCAUCCGGCCCGAAAUCUCGCGGACUAUCACCUUUGGCCGAAAAGGCGUGAGUUUAGGUCAAUUCUUUGACCAGUACCUUCGUUACAUUAAGCUAAACACUCAAUUUGUGCCUUUUACCAAACAGAAUUUGUCUUAUUUGCUAAAAGAGAAGUAUGAUGAACAGUUUAUCAAAGAGGUUUACAGCGCACCACUGGUGAAAAUUGAAGAACUGCAACAAGGGGGCAGCUUAAGAGGCCCUGGACCGUACAGGGUGCAGUACUCCAGCAGGGACAGUUUUAAAGUCUUCGCUCGAAAUCUUGGGGUGAUGGACGACCUGAAAUCUGGAGUUCCUCGCACAGGUUACAGGGGCGUAGUCAGUUUCCUGUACCGAGGCCGAAGGGUGUUCUUGGCUCCACCGGAGGGAUGGAUGCAGUAUGACAUCAGUUGGAGCUGAAGAGACUGCUCCAGAAAGUACAAUGUGAAUGGGGUUGAAGAGGGGAGAGAGCCUUACUCAGAGGAACACCCUCUCAGACCAAAGAAUAUCAGCAGAUGCAGUGGUUCAUGAAGGAAUUAAAGCAGCAAAGAUGGGGCUGCACUGGAGCGCCAACAUCGAGCGUUGGCCUCCGGGUCUGUUUGUAAGGGAAGCUUCUAAAUUAGGCCCUGCUCAUUCAGGAUCAGCAGGUUCAGGGCCACACAGACUUCAGUUCAAAUUUGAAGGAAAUUUCACCCUAAACACUGCUUCAACACAGCUGUUGGCAGUGUGCCUUGCUUUAUGGGCCCAUUUUGUUUCAUGCUUUCUUAAUUCCUUUGAAUAUUGGCCAAAUGUAGACUCAACUUCACAUUGUUGCUGUUUGCAGCAGCUGUAAAUGAAGGUUGGUAGCAGAAGGUAACUGUCAACAGAAAGAGCUUGUUUAAGUGUCAGCGAUGAUACACUGGAGGCAGCAUUUAUGUGCUAAACUCUUGGGCCACCAGGUUUUUGAGAGAAGGUGUUGAAGUCAACCCAACUCUUCAGAUCAUGUUACCGGAUAAGUCUAACAAAGUAAUCAGAAGCAGAGUUGUGUGCAAAGGCAAAUGAAAAGCUUCUACAGGAUUCUAGGUGGUAAACAAAGGCCACAUCCAAUGCUGAGCCAAGUCCUCGCCCUGAUGGUUAUCAUUAGAGAGGAAAGGUUUCGUCAUCAGUGAUACAGAGAGAAGGAAUUGCAGUAAAAGCAGAGACACUAACUUCCCAAACCACAGCAGCUCUGAUCCAGGACCAACAGACCAUGUAUCAUUGUCCAGGUUCCUGCAGAUGGCAGAUCAUCUGCUGGAACUCAAACAUUUAAGUCACUGAGCAGCUCAUAAAAUCCGUUACUCACCAGAUUGUAAGAACCCUGUGAGAUGGGGACAAAGGAUGAGAGGUGGAUACAAAACAGUCAACAAGAUGACUGGGUCUGACCCAGAAUGGUGUCUUCUGUCGAAGUCAGUGCAAACCACUCACUUUGUUUUUCCCUCACCUGACCAGAGUGCUGACAGUUACAGAACAGAGACAGUUCAUACAACGUACUGCUACUGUAAUACCAGUGUACCAGUGGCGGCACUGAGGGCUGUGCUGCUGUACAGUAUUGGAGUCCAUGUGCAAGGAAGACGUCCUAUGCCAUCUUUGACUGAGAUGUCUAUGACAAGAGAGUUUUUUUUUGUUUAAGUGAAUCAUGUUAGUUGUCACCACCAGGUGAAGUACGGAUUCUUAAAAUUCAUCAUAUAACACAUUUUCUGAGCUGCUCAGUGACUGAGCUGUCUGACAGCAGGACUGUGACGUGGUGACGGUCCUGAAUCAUUGCUACACCCACAGUAACGUCACUAAACCAGGGAGGAGACUAAUCUUUUGUAUUAAACAUUUUUGUGGGAAAUAUUAUGUUGAAGUAGAUGAACGUGAAAAUGACAGAAAGCUAGAAGAUUUAAAAACUGGAUGACACUCCAUAAUCAAAUGGUCCUGAGAGUGUUGUGAACAGGACAAAUAGCAGAUGUGUCACAGUGUGGGAGGAUCAAGGGUGGAGUUUUUCUUGAAUUAUCAGCGCUGCUGUUCUUAGAUCAGGUCAUGAACAUGGCCUCAAAAGCGCUGUGAUGACAUUGGACAGCAUUAAAUCAAAGCAGAGAGAUGAUGACACGGCAUUAAGACCUCCGUAUGCUUCAAAUGAAGUAGGUCAGACUCAGCAGCGACUUUUACUGAAAGGUGAGCAAAGCCGAAGAACCAACCAUGUUAAAAUGACAACUAACUAUUCUGAGAUGUAAGGAGAGAUAUUGCUUCCACUUCAGUUUCGUGCUAAUUGAUGUUUGUUUUUAGCUUUAACUGGUCGAGCACUGCUUGUCUUGAUGGCGCGCUGCCUGGUCAGAGCUCCAUAACAGAAAAUAGGAUGCUGCGCGUUUCACACUCAAAGACGGGCACAAAAAGCUGCAUUGUCUUCGUAGUCUUGGUUUUGGGACACCUUUAGACGACCUGACGGGUUUGAAGCAUACUGAGGCCUUUACGGUUGACCUCCUGCUCCAGCAGGUCUUUGGACUUGUGUAAAUUUUUUUUUCUUUCAGAAAUGUAAUGUCUUUAAUGUUUCUGUGUAGCCCAGUUUAAAUUCCAGCACUCUUGAAGGUUGAAGAAAAUCACUCUGCUGAAGGAAAUACCUGAUUCAUUCUCCAGCUCCUGUUUGCUUUCAGAGGGUUUUACGGAGUUCUGCCUCCGUGUUUGGGUGAAUGAACAUGGCGUCUAAAUGUGAUGAAGGAAAUGAUUAAUAUUAAGUAUGGAACUGUAAUGGUAAGGCUAAUUUUGAAAUUAUUUAACUGUCUAGAACUUGAAGUUCUUAACACGUUUGCAGCGCUGCAGAUGAGAUUCAGACAUCACUGAAUCUGACAUUUACCCAUGAUCACCCUGAAGCCGCCCUGUUACGGGGAGAGCUGUAAUUACAUGACAUCCAAACCAUGGUUUGGCCAGCUUAGGUUUGUUGAAAAACCAAUGAUUGUUUGAUAGUUUUUAUUUGUUACGCGACAAGAAGGCUGAGAAAUGGCUAGAGAAAUGAUUAUCACUGUACUGUAAUUAGCUCCGGGGAGGGGGGGUUACCCACAAGGUCGAUUGAUUCUAAUGUCUGUAUGGUGAUGUGUCAAACCACUGCCUGAUGUGUUUAUAACUUUAACACAGUAUAAAUAAAAUCAACUAUUUUGAUAUUUG